AGACGCGAGUGUACCGGAUCAUUGCGAGGCGGUUGGAGCCCCGGCUCAAACUCUUGUUCCCUCUUCUCGGCCCUUCCGGUAGCGCAAACGCGCUCAUUCAUUCCUAGUUCCCAACAGCAGCAUGGCGCUGGCUGGUCUUGCUCGCGGCGUGACCGCGCCUCGCUUGGCACUCUGGUCUCGGGCGCUGAGCUCCACGACUCCCACUCUUCAGGGCAUGUCCAAUUUCCCCGGUGCCAACAGCCGCUUUGUGCAUGAGCUCAACCUGAAGCGCUCGAUCGACAAUGAGCCCGAGCCCUGCUACCAGAUUAUGAACAAGGAGGGUGUCAUUGUCACACCGGACGAGUUUCCUUCUGAAAUCAGCCAACAGAAUAUCCUCGAUUGGUACAAGCUGAUGAACACCACCAACCAGAUGGACCAGCUCUUGUACAACGCUCAGCGCCAGGGUCGUAUCUCGUUCUACAUGACCGCCUAUGGCGAGGAGGGCACGCAUCUGGGCAGCGCUGCUGCUCUCGACCCCGAAGACGUGGUCUACGCCCAAUAUCGCGAAGUCGGCGUUCUCAUGUACCGUGGGUUCUCCUUGAAGAAUGUCAUGGACCAAUGCUACUCCAACUCGGGCGAUUUGGGUCGCGGUCGUCAGAUGCCGGUGCAUUACGGCAGUGCCGAGCACAAUUUCCACACCAUUUCCUCGCCCCUGGCAACCCAGCUACCUCAGGCUGCUGGUGCUGCCUACGCACUCAAGACUCGUGGCAAACGCAACUGCGUCAUCUGCUAUUUUGGAGACGGUUCUGCCAGCGAGGGUGACUCCUCGGUGGCGCUCAACUUCUCGGCCACGCUUGACUGCCCCGUCAUUUACUUUUGCCGCAACAACGGCUAUGCCAUUUCCACCCCCACCAAGGAUCAGUAUCGCGGUGACGGCAUCGUGAGCCGCGCAGCAGGCUUUGGUCUGGAUUACAUUCGUGUCGAUGGCAACGAUGUUUUUGCCGUGUACAAUGCCGUCAAGAUUGCCCGUGAACGCACCAUCGCGGAGCAACGCCCCGUCCUCAUCGAGGCCAUGACCUACCGUAUUGGCCACCACAGCACCAGCGAUGAUUCAUCCGCAUACCGUGGCAUGGAUGAAGUGGACACCUUUUCCCAGGACACCCCCAUCUCUCGUCUGGAGCGCUACAUGACCAACCAAGGCUUUUGGGACGAAGAGAAGGAAGCCGAGCUGCAAAAGACGAUUCGCAAGGAGGUUCGCAAGGAAUUUGCUGAUGCCGAGGCGCGUUUGAAGCCUUCCAUGCGUCACAUGUUCGAAGACGUGUACGCCGACAAGCCGGCACGCUUGCAGCGCCAGGAGGCUGAGAUGCAUGAGCAUCUUGCCAAGUACCCGGAUGACUACCCCACGAACCUCCAUGAAGCUUAAAUGGAGCAUUUCAGCACUUAGCCUCCAUCGUUUUCUUUAUCGUGCGCGAAAUCCAACAGAAUCCAG